UUUGCAACCCUUAAACAAGGGAAUAUAUAGUGACGCAAAAGACAAAAAUAAUAAAAGCAGAAAUAACUCUCCGAAAGAUGUAAAGCCUUGUGCUGAUGCUCUUAAGUUGCCAUCUCCAAGUCAAAGCCCUCAAAAUACGGAGACGGCCAGAUUGCAAGAGGAAUUGCGAAAAAUGCAAGAGCAGAUGCUUCGGCUUCAACAACCAGGUGCUUCAGUCUCAACAAGCCCAGGAUGCGCUACAUACUUUUUCUGAAGCACUGACCAAAGGAGAUAAGUGUAGUCAGUCAAAGCAGUUUCCUAACAACACGACCAAACAGAAAGGAAGUUCUGAGUCAAAAAAACUCUCCAUUUGGGGGAACUGAAACAGAAUCAGUGGCAGAAUAUGUUGGUGAAAGAAAUUCAACAGGAAAAAAGUCAAGUGUCGACAAUAAUGAUGUUUUUUUUCCGGACAGUGAUAGUGACUGGGAAGACAUGGAAGGGGAGAAGAAUACAACCCUAAGUGAAGAGGGAAAAGAAUUAAAAAAGCUGCUGGGUGGUAAGCAAAAACGAACAGCUCACAGUACCUCCUAUAGCCCCUCAGUGUUUAAGAAGCAGCUUCCUGAGGCAAAAUGGAAGAUAAAGUCAAAGGAUGUUGUGGCCAAAGCAGAGCAGCCCAAGGCCACAGCUGUCAGCCUGGAAUCAAAGUUUAUGACCGAGUCAGAUGAUGUGAUGGUCUUUGCUGGAAUUCGUAUUAUCAACCCAAAGGUGUCUAGUGAAUUGCUGCGCAUCAAGAUGGAUGGACGAAAGGUGAUAAAGAUGUCCCGUCUGAGCUUCAAGAUGAACACAACUGAUCUGGAAGGAAACUGGGUGACAUUUGGGGUUAUUGUUCACAAGUCAGAGACAAGAAAAUCGUCCAAUGGUAACAAUUACUCCAUCUGGAAGCUAAGCGAUCUUGAGGAUACAGAUAAGACAAUGACAUUUUUUUUGUUCAAAGAUGUAUAUAAACAACACUGGAAAUGCCAACAAGGGACAGUGUUGGGCCUACUAAACCCAAACUUAAUGCAAAAAGCAGAGAAGUUUCAGUCAGAAAAUUCCUUCACCAUUGAUCACCCUGGUCAGAUGCUUAUAAUUGGUCAGUCCAAAGAUUUGGGGAUCUGUAAAGGCACUACGAAGACAGGAAAAAUGUGCACUAACUUCAUCAACAAGAAACAAAGCGAGUAUUGCACCUACCAUGUUCAGUCUGUGUACAAGAGAACAAGUGCCAAGCGAACUGACCUGCAGUCUGGGUUCACCGGAGUGGUUCCGAAGUCCUUCAGCAAGAAGAUAAUUCCCACUGGAUCACAUGUAUUUUAUGGUGGUCAGACGUUCUCUACACUUCCGUCUUCUGGUAAAGCCACUACCAAGAAAGGUGUAAACUUGCAACAGCUUCAACGACACAACUCUUCUUCAUCCAAGGGGAAAGUAACAACCUUAACUUUACAUGAACUUGCACCAGUAAAGGAUGAUAAGGGGAUGGGAACGGAAAUGAUAAAAGAACAACCAUUCUUAGACUUCUUGAGCACACCCACUGUUGGUUCCUUGAAUCUUGUGAAACAUCUCAUCAAGAAGGAAAAUGCCAGCGAAAAACAAUCUGGAAAGGUCCAGGUGGUGUCUAUAUCACCUGGUGAACUGCUCAAACAACAUAAGCAGCAGGCAAACCGGCUCAAGCAACGGUGCACCAAACAGUCUGGAGGAUUAACAUCUGGGCCCCAGUUGGGCCGAGGUUUAAAGCCAGGCCAGGAUAUUGUAUUUGGAAGUUCACCUCAAGAACGUCCCUAUAUUCAUAAAGACACACCAAGGCCAAUGCGCCCAAAAAACACGGAGCUAGCAAAAAAACAGGCAAUUGCCAAAGUGCUAGCCAAAGGCGGCAUCUCCAAGGAAGAUCCAAAUGCUGUGCGGAAAUCGAAGACCUCACCACAAAGUGAGAAUCGAGUGAGAAAAAGAGUGGCUGAUCAUCUGGAAGCAGAGUCCCCUGAAAGGAUUGAGGAACCAGUCCAGAAAAGGUCUCGAUAUUUAGGAAAUGUAGAUCUGAAUUCUGAGGCUAUUCAAGGUUUGCUAAAGGCAAAGUCAUCACAUGCUGGAGCUUUGGCGCAGUUGGAAGCCGAAAGGCAUGAAAAGUACUUUACAGAGCUGGAAAAAAAGGAAAAGUGUGAGCAGCAAAUGUUGGAUAUAACACAGAUAAAGUGCACUGCCUAUACAUGUCAACAGUGUAAGUACACAGCUUUGUCAAUCUCUGACCUCUGCAAGGCUGAGGGUCACAAGGUCAAUCAGAUCAAGGGCAUGAAGAGGUUUUUUAAGUGUCAAGACUGUAACACCAGAACAAUGACACUUCAUCGGUAUCCCACUCUACCUUGCAGGAGCUGCAAAGGGAAAUCCUUCAUUAAGACAUCCAUGUGGAAGGAGAAGGAAGGGCCAAAGUUGGAAUCAGAGAUUUUACAUGUCACCGGUGACACACAGAAAUUUCUAGACAGUCAGAUUAAAUGAUCACUCCUCAUUGAUUGUGAAAGAUAAGCUUGGAUUGAAGACUUUUUAAAUCAAAAAUGAUAUACAGACAGGAAAAAUAGCCGGCAAUUUUGCAAGGUUAAUGUUGCAUUGUAUUUGUCCUUACAUAUAAGGUUUAGUUAAGGGUUAAUGUUCACACCAGAAUUACUUUUGUAUAUGACAACUGAAGGUAAAUGAUGAAUAGAAUCAGCUAUCAGGAUAUACUAAAAUAAUAUGUAAUUUUUCAUAACAGCACUCAUUGCAAAAAUUUCCUGCUUUUAUUGUGAAAAAUAUUGUCAGGACAUUAUUUAUUUUUAGACCAUGGUAGUCAGUUACGUGGAUUGAGGGGCAUUGAUUUGUAAUUUGUUAUAUACAUGUUUACAGAGAAAAAAAAAGUAUCUGUGAAAACUCCAGUAAAGUGAAUAUUUAAAUCAUUUGGCUUAUAUCCAUGUUUUAUAGUAUUUGAGAGAUUUUUACCACAUCCUCAACUUGUUUGUAAAUAAAAUUUCCAUGCAAUUAUUUGUUCCUGUUAUAUAUAUUCAUGUGUGGUGAAACAUUAUGUUAGCU